AUGGAGCAACACGAAUUAGCCACCACCCGCUCAUAUAAAGAUACAACUUGCGCCGUCGAUGCCGCAUCGCCAUCCCUCAGGGAGCUCGCUGUUCCUGCGACAGACCCCAGCCAUGCUGGUCAAAAGGAAAUGGCCGAGCAGACCCAAAUCAAGCGAUUAUUCAGCUUCACACAGAUAUUCUUCUUCUCACUCACGUUCAUGUCGAGUUGGGAGAGUCAGGCCUUGAACCUGAACGCUGUGCUCACCAACGGAGGUCCGGAGGCGCUGGUGUGGGGGAUCGUAAUUGUGGUCUUUGGAGCCCUGGCGCAAUCGGCCUCGUUGGCAGAGAUGGCCUCAAUGCAGCCUAUUGCAGGUGCGCAGUAUCACUGGACGCAUCAUCUGGCACCUCCGAGCCAGCGGAAAUUCAUAACCUGGAUGCAGGGUUGGAUCACCUGGUUUGCAUGGGUGUCGCUUCUCGCCGGUGUAGCCAACACGACGGCGACGAUGAUACAGGGGCUAGCCAUUGUCAAUUACCCUGACUAUGACCCAAAGCGAUGGCACAUUACCCUCAUUAUCUUUGCAAUGCUGAUCGUGGAAGGACUGAUGAACAUGUACACCUUCUGGCUGAUUCCUUGGAUUGAGCUGUUAGCCGGAGUGCUUCACGUUGUCAUGUUCAUCAUAUUCCUGGUCGUUUUUGCUGCGCUAGCUCCACGACACACUGCCGACUACGUGUUCUUGACAACCCAGUCUGAGUCAGGCUGGACGGAUAAAUUUAUUUCAUGGAACAUUGGACUGUUAACACCGACCUGGGGAUUCGUCGGAUUCGACGGGGCGGUACAUAUGAGCGAAGAGGUCCGCCGAGCGCGCCAGGCGGUCCCACGGUCGAUCUUCUGGACGGUUGCCACCAACGCCGUUCUGGCCUAUUCAAUCGUGAUCUGCACUCUGUUCACGAUGGGGCCCAUCGACAAGGCCCUGGAGGCCAGCUUUCCCAUUAUCGCCAUCUGCGAGCACGCGACAGGAUCCGUCAAGACCGCCACGGCAAUGGUGUGCGGUCUCUUGGUCAUUUCCUUGUCCGUCAAUCUGGCCAGUAUUGCGUCGGUCUCGCGGCUAACUUGGGCAUGGGCACGAGAUGGCGCGCUUCCUCGGUGGUUCUCAUAUGUGGAUCGUAGACACAAUGUGCCCGUUCGCGCAGUGUGGCUUCCCGUGUUCAUCGUUAUGGUCCUCGCGUGUCUCAAUAUCCCUAGCUCUGCCGCAUUUGGGGCCUUUGUCGCCUUGUCUUCAAUUGGUCUGUUCGUAUCCUACUUCAUCGCCAUCAGUUGCAUGGUCUUGAAUCGAUUCCGCCAGGAUGGAGUGCCCGUGGGCACCUGGAACAUGGGCCGAUGGGGACUUCCCGUCAACAUCUUCGCCCUUAUUUACACCGCGUAUGUGACUAUCUGGCUGUGUUUCCCUGCGUAUCGGCCUGUGACGGGGGAGAAUAUGAACUACGCGUUGCCAAUUUUUGGUGGCACGACGUUGUUUGCUUUUGUGUACUGGUUUCUCCGCGGCCGGAGACACUGGCCUGGCUUGAAUAAGAAUAUUGUGCGGUUGGUCGUUGAGGGUGGAGAAUUGCAGUUGAAGUAG